GUAGCGGGCGAAUUUUCGGAAGUAAUCGCCAAGGUCUCAGAGCUAGAAGUCCGUGGCAUUUAUAGAGUGAAAGGAACCUACAGAUCUCCGAGACUAGCCUAAAAAUGGCCUUAGAUUUUAAAAGUAUUAUCUUUCCGAGUAUCAAACGCCGCAACUCUCAAGAGCAGAAACCGGAUAGAAAACAUAACUGAGGACCAUCUGGAACUGUGUUCAUACCAGCCCCCUAUCCGAUUUUAAAUGCUAGCCAGCUGCAUGGAAUUUACAGUGACUCACCAGAUCCUGUGGAGAAGCAGCGUUCCUAUUGGGGCGAGGAAGAAGACAAGGGCCCACGUGAUUGCCCCCGGGAAGUCACCCUGUUCUGAUAGUGCUGCUACAAUGAGACAAAACAACAGCAUCACACAAGAAACACAAGAAGGUCCAAGGCUAAGGAAGUAUGCCUGGGAUACAAAUGAAGAAUACCUCUUCAAAGCAAUGGUGGCUUUCUCCAUGAGAAAAGUUCCUAACAGAGAAACAACUGAGAUUUCCCACGUCCUACUUUGCAAUGUAACCCAGCGGGUGUCAUUCUGGUUUGUGGUUACAGAUCCUUCAAAAACUCACACCCUUCCUGCUGUGGAGAUACAGUCAGCUAUAAGAAUGAAUAGGAACCGGAUCAACAAUGCCUUCUUUUUGAAUGACCAGACUCUGGAAUUUUUAAGAAUUCCUUCCACUCUUGCACCACCUACUGACCCACCUGUGCCCAUCUGGAUUAUUAUAUUUGGUGUGAUAUUUUGCAUUGUCAUAGUUGCAACCAUGCUAUUGAUUUUAUCAGGAAUCCAGCAACAUAGAAGAUGCCAAUCAUUCUCUUUAUGUGCAUUCAGGAAGAAUGAAGGACCGUCUGAGAUGGAAGACACUGAAGAUAAGUGUGAAAACACAAUCACAGUUGAAAAUGGCAUCCCCUGUGAUCCCCUGGACAUGAAGGGAGGACACAUCAAUGAUGCCUUUAUGACAGAGGAUGAGCGGCUCACCCCUCUCUGAAGGGCUGCUGUUUUGCUUCCCCAUGAAACUCAACACUUGUUUCUGUGCAACUGCUGAACAUCACAAUUUAUCAAAGGCAGAUUAUAUAUUUUGUUUCACCAUUCUUCUUUUGUAAGAAAUUUUAAAUGGGCAUGAAAUUGAAAGGCAAUGAAUUAUACCCAUGAAGACCAUUGAAAUCAUAAGUGGUUGACCAUUCAAAAUGUUCUGAAAUAUUUCUCUGACAACAGAGUGUGUAAGUGUAGUCAUGUAGUGUUUGUAGUUAUUGGUGUUAAAGUGCAUUAGUAUUUAAGCAUCUCCAGAAAUAAGGUCAGACCAGUACACACACACACACACACACACACACACACACACACACACACACACACAUAUAUAUAAUCUCACAUUUUGAAGACCUAAGAAAAUUUUUUCCAGUGGAUAAUGCCUGUAAUACAGUAUAUAAAUCAUGGACAAUGGGCCCUUUUUGAAUAUCACUUACAUCACUUUGUAUAUGACUAGAUAAGCAAGAACAACAAGUAAUUACUGUAAAUGAGAUGGAUAAAAAUGGGAGUGUUGACACACAAUGUGGAAUUUGAUCCUAUUAUCAUAACAACAGUUGCUUAUAUAUAUUUUCUGACUACCAGUCUCUAAUAGGGCAGCUCUAUUCAUUGAUUAUUUCCACAAUUUGUAAAAGUACAAUCUAUGCUAAUUUAAUAAAGUACUAAACAUCUCUUUUUGAUUAAGUGA